GUUCCUGUGGGCUGCAGUGCGGUGAGCGCGUUAGUGCAGCGGGUUGGCGGCGGCUCCGCUCUGCUGCUCCACGCUUUACUGACGGGGGGAGCGCAGCGCGCGCGCACCGUGUUCCUCAGGCAGCGGGCCGCAGACUCUGGCGCUCCUUUACCGGCGCUGUUGGAGGCGCUGUGUCAGGGGGAAGCGCGCUUGGAUGAAGAAACUCAAACUCUCACUAUCAAGCCGCUGGUCUGCCUGUUUUCUGCUGUGUUUAAGCGUGACCUGCUGUGUUUUCUGCACCUUCUCCACCCCGGUUUACCACGAGAGGGUGUCCUGGCUCUGCUCCGCUGCCUGUCACAGGAUGCUGAUGAAAAUCCAUGGGUUUGUGCCUUAAUCAGUCAGCUUCAUAAAGACAUUGGGGUUGAGGAGUUUCGAAAAGAUACACUCCUCACACCAGAAUGCGUACAGAGCCUGAAACCCCUCUGUGAACAGUUCAGAGAUUCUCAGAAAAAAAGAGGGUGGGAUCUCUGUCUGAGUGAACAUAAGACUGAUGAACUGUCUCCAGAUUAUCAGACAGAUACAGGUCACACGAAGAGGAAGACUGAAGUCAUAGAUCAUCAUAUGGACGGAGAUGUGGGUGAACCGCAAAGCAAAAGGAGAAAGACAGACCUUGUAGCCCAAGGUGAUCCUGAAGACAGGCAGAUGGCCGUAGAUCAAGAGGAAUCGGGUGUAAAAACAGUGCAGCUCGAUAAGGAGCUGGAAGGAGAUUCUUCAGCAACACUACCAGUGCCAGAAGAACAUCGCUCAAGUGUCUUACCAGAUCAUAUGAAGGCAGCUGUUAAUUUGAUUAAAGAAUUAUUGGACUCUGGAACAGAGUGGGAUGAGAGCUGUGUCUCUGCACUUAAAGUGCUGAAUGAAUGUGACACAAAUCAGCUGGAGGCGUUUUGUGCAAUGCUGGGUUUGCCUGAAGCGCCUGAGCAGAGUUUACCACAUUUCUGUAGCAGCGUGCUGGCUCUGUCUCCAGAUCUCAGCCACAGCACAGCCUCAGCCAUCAUCAAGAACCUUUUACUCAGCAAGGUUCGUUCCCUCACCGAGCCACCCUCCCGCUGUCUGGUCACUGCUGUAACGUCUUUGUGCAGUCGUUACCCGAGGCCGACCUGUCAGGCUCUAAUAGAGCCGCUCAUAAAGGAAGGACAAACAGACAGCGCCCAGGCUGAACUGCUCUGUCGGUUGGUAAAAGACUACCUUGAACCCAAUCACAGGCUUCUUGUAUUUCAAAUGACACUUGUGGGUUCCUGGAAUGAGGGCGUGUUGUCAGUCAUCCAUGAUAUACUGGAUUCAAAGAUUGAGCUAAGUGAAGAGAUCUUUUCUCUAUUCAUCAAUCAGCUGAGCAGUCAGUCUACACACUUCACCAGGUCUAUGAAGUUUGCCAAAAUGAUGCUCACUGUCCUGACAAAGUUCCAGUCGCAUGUGAACGCUGUGUGUCAGCACACGCUGUCCUGCUGCAUUUCAUUUAAUGAGACGUUCCUGAAGAAGUCCCUCCAAGCUGCUUUAAAACGCAUUUGUCAUUAAUGUAUAAUAAAAUAGUUUUGUUAAAAAUAAAUUAAUCUUUUAAUUAUCAUAA